AAGAAAAUAGCAACAACACCGUUUCACUUUCCUUUCUGAGUGAGUCCUACAAGUCACUGCAAAAAAAGAUGAGUGUGUAGGUUCAUCCUUGAACACAUGCCGUAUACUAGCCCCCCCACAUGCGGCCCCAACUGUAGUUUUUCUUGGGUUUUCCUUUUCGAAGACACUGCUCGAAACUGACACAUGCAACUGAGAUGGUAAAAAGAGAUGAAAGAGGUAUUGAUGGAUAUUUAUUUAUUUACACAUGUAGACUUGGUCAUAUAGAUACAGAACAAGACAGAGAGAGAAAUUGAGUCUGAUAUAUUUGACAAACAAGAGGAGCGAAAAAAAAACACACACCAACAACUCCUACUACCCCACAACCACUGGUUUUCUUCCACUGUUUUACCUCUUAGAAUUCAUAAUAGUUUAAAGCUCAAAGCUCUUUUAAGUUUAACCCUUUAAAGUUGAAGGCCUCGAGCUCAAACUUUGUUCUACAAGGCUUCUUCUUUUGAUCAUUUCAUGACUUUUCUCUUUCUGGGUUUUAGUAGAGAUGUCAGCUGUUGAUGGGAGUCUAACCCACCAUGAUGAUACAGAGGCUAAUCAAGAGUGCCACCAACACCAACACCACCAUCAUCAUCGCCAUCGUCGAUUUCGUCGCCCUUCUGUUGUAGCAAGAGGAGGAGGAAGAGGCAGUGAGGUACCACUCUCCGACGAAGAUUCAGACGACCAGUCUUGGCAUUCGCGGUUUGGGUCCGGGGCCGGAGGUCGGUCCCAGUUUUCUAGUGACAUUGAAGGUUUGACUGACCUUCAAAUAAGCUCUUCUUCCGAGUCAGAGGUGGAUUUGGAGAGUGGAGCCUUGGAGAUGAAAGUGCAUUUUGGUAAGGCGGAAAGAAGAGAUUGUAGAAUUUGUCACUUGGGUUUGGAGAGCGAAAGCUCAGACUGUGGUGCUCCGAUUGAGUUGGGUUGUUCUUGUAAGGGUGAUCUGGGCUCUGCUCACAAGCAGUGUGCCGAUACUUGGUUCAAGAUCAAGGGUGACACAACAUGCGAGAUUUGUGGCGUCAUUGCCGUCAACAUAGCCGGCGAAAGGAUAAACGAGACAAACACUACUACUGUGACCGAUCCGUUGACAAUGACAACAGCUGGAGCUCCUGUGAUCCUUGUAGAGACCAUCUGGCAUGGCCGCCGCAUUAUGAAUUUCCUGCUUGCCUGCAUGGUUCUUGCCUUUGUUACUUCCUGGCUUUUUCACUUCAAAAUUCUUUGAUGAUUCCACCCUUAUUACCUGUAAACCUUAUGUAUCAUCCGUUUUUUUUCUCUCCUUCCAUUAUUAUUUUCAAUGGCACAAUGUUGAUUGAGUUAGAAUCAACUCCAUAGUCGAUUUGUCGUUUAUAAUAUACAUAGCUAAGCUUCCAUGGUUCCAAUCCCAGACUGAAUUUAUUACGAAGGUCAGAUAAUUUUGGCCAAGUUGUUAAAUCAUCUUCGGUAUUUUUCACCUGCAAGACAUAAUAAUAUGUAAAAUUGUGAUAUUUA